UGGUAGCCUAGAAAAAUAAAGCAUUUGCGGUCACCUCCAACGAUGGCCACAAAUUUCGUUGGCCCCGUGGCUCCACAGGCCGUUGACAAAUGGAUACACAAAUGGUACAUUAGGGACUUCGACGAAAUCUGUAUGACCAGAGGCAGGUCGCUUUCGCCACGGCAACAGUUACGAUACCCGGAGCCGCGAGCUUCUUCGGAAGAUUCCGCUGUUAAGCGCCAGAUAGAGGAAUUAGUCGCGUCUAUGGCAAUGAUGAAGGAGGUGUUCGACGCGGAAACAGCAGCUAAGGAAGAAAAGAGAAAGAAGACGAUGGAAAAGUUGGAGCGUAGAAAGGAGGAGGAGGAGGCCCAAGCGGCCGAGGAAGCAUGUGUAGCCAGCCAGAGGCGUGCUGAAAGGAAGGAGGCAAAGCUGCGUAAAGAAGAGGAGGACCGACGGUUGUUGAGGAAGGAGUUGCUCAUGGAGCUCUCCCUUCGCAUGGGAAAGUUGGAUGAGUCUCUUCAGCAUCGCUACGAGCGAGAAGUCAUGGAGCGAGCCAAAGGCAAGCAUAAGGCUAUUGUCUCAUCUUCCGAUGAUGACGACGCGGAUUCCUACGAAAGCGAGGUGGAAUUGCUGAGUCGUAAGACCGAGAAGCUUGUCAUUUCGGAAAAAAGGAAACGAGGAGCCGAAAAGCAGGUCGGUGACAGCGCGCCGAUGGUAACACCAGCGAAGCGAACAGCCAAACAAAGACUUCAGCUCGAUUGUCGUCAUCAGUUAAUGAAGAAGACACCUCCACGUAAGAUACCGGGCACGGGGCAGAGGAAGAUCCCGGUGGCCCCGGGUACAAUCGGAAAACUCAAAUUUGUGACAGAUAACGUGAGGGAAUUGGGGGAUAUGACCGUGGAAGAGUUGAAGAAGAUCUGCCAGACAGAAGACGUGGAGUACGAAGGCACGAAAAUGCAGGCGAUUCUGGCUAUUGCCGAGAAACGCACGCAUAUUGCUUUUGGUGAAGAGGAGGUGAAGGUUCAAGAUGAGGAAACGGGGGAGAAUCAAGUGGACCAUAGCGGUAGGACCAAGGUUCGCGAAGGGGUCGGACGGAGGAGGAAGGGACGACGUGAACGUGGGAAGAAGUCGUCACCGGAAUAUGCAUCCUCAAAACUUGAAGUCGUCAUUCCUAUCAGAGUUAGGCUGAGUGACACGGAUGACUGGAGUGCUAACUGCUUUCAGGUCCUAUUAGCGCGAGAGGAGGCGGGUUGUAGUCGGUUCACCUUACGAUUCAGUGGAGGGAAUUGUUGGGGUGGCAGUUGGAAGUCGAUUCGAUCGAGUUUUCGUAACUCGGAGGUUAAGAUCGAUGGUCGACGCUGUAAGCUGUGCACGUGUAAGCACGAGAUGGAAAAGGGUGUCGAGUUGGAGAUUCUCCAUCUGAGAAGGUGGAAGCCAAAGAUUUCCAAGGAUAAGAACUUCCUAAUCUCGAUCCUACGAUGCAAGAAUCGUGUGGGAGCUCUGAGGAAUUGCAAUCUGGAUGUGUUAAUUAGGUUGACGGGGGCUGCGUAGGAUUUUCAGAAAGCAGCCACGACAGCUUACCUGAGGCGAAUCAUUGGCAGAACGAUC